AUGGAAGAGGAGACUCAGUCGGUGGCUUCGAGGGAUUUGAUUUUAUGGUUGUGGGUCUCUUGGUUUUUCCGACUCCCUACCCAAUUCAACUUAUCCACAUCAAUCGCUAUCUCGCAGAGCGAUGGUUGUAUUGAUAAUUUGGGACUGCCGAUUCCGGAGGAUGUCAUAGUUUUGAUCAAUAGACGCAGAGAGAAGGCUAUCAAGAAGUUGAUAGACCUUAUCGGUGAUACGCGCAAACAGUAUUUACUUGGCGCGCUCGGCUGCCGCUUCGAAUGUCGCUCAAUUAUGUACGGUGCUUUGACUAUCCAGUCAAAGGAUUUACUUCUGCCCUAUCGCGAGUGCCCUUUCCCGAACGUCAAUUACAGGUCUCUCUUACAGAGAAUGACGAAAUUCCGAACACCCGAAUGGUACGAUUCACCCUCAAGAUAUAUAGAUAACCACAGCUGCCCUGGAUCCUUCUUCGCAUCCAUAUUCGGGGCCCUAGAGGGUUUUCUUGAGGGACUGGAGCUGGAUCAAUUCAAAUCUCUCUAA